AGACUUAGUGGCAUCCAAAAUGGCGAGCAUAAAUCGAGUUGGCUCGCCUAUGGAUAUAUGUGAAGAAAAUUAUGAUUUGAAUCAAGAAAUUUUGGAUAAUAAGAAAAAGUUUUUGGAAAACAAGCAAAGAAAUCGAUCACCCUUCUUCAUUGGAUCCAUCGAUGAAGUGAAUAAAAAAAUCAGCAAACUAGAUAAAAAACUUCAAAAGUACACAGCCUUGGUUGUCGAAAGUCGAACCUCAAACUAUGAAGACACAGAUGAUACUAUGUCAGUUGCUAGUGCCAGAGGGAGAGACAGAUACGAAAAAAGGGAGAGAGAAACCAAAGAAUUAAACAAAUUUGCUGGGUACUUCACAAUGAAACAAACAUUCCUGCCUGGAAGAAGUGAGAGAGUAAAAAACAUCUCUAAAGUCAGCAUGCAACCAAGCAAAACAAUGGUUAAAAAAGAAACAGGGAAACCAAAGUUUGUAGAGCUCCACCAGUAUCCUGGUUAUGACUCCACGGAGUUGACAGCCCUCCCAGACGAUAUCCCCAUGGUGGAGAUGUUGAGAAAGGCUGUUGCUGCCCACAUGCAACUCCAUAAAAAGCCUGAUUACAGACCAGAAUUUGAAAAAUGGUUUUAUUCUGAAAUGUCACAAGCUGUAUGUUCUGACAUUUUCUGGUACCUAUUUCUGGAAAAAUUCCAGUCCAGUAAGAAUUCUCAGGUCAAGCUAUUCAACAGAGCCGCCCACAACUAUGUCAAGUUAAUGUUGUACGUCCGGAACCCUCAGUAUAGAGACGUUUUCUUCAAGGAGUACCCCACCCUGGUGGCCCAGACUCUCUAUGCUUCCUACUGCCACUCCUUCCCUGAUUCCUACAGACAAUUCAAUGAACAGUUUAAGGAGGAUUUAGUCAUUCUAGUCUACAGCUGGAUAGCAGGUAUAAAACCUGCAUCAAGAUGUUGGUUGUUGUGGAAUUUUGACAAACUGGAGCCACCCAAUAUAAAACAGAGGGAGGAGCUGCUGAACCGCGAGAAAAAUAAGAAACCCUCCUUGUCUAUGAACUUUGAUUUCUUGGACUCUCUGUUCUCCAGUAAUGCUAGUCAAUACACCUCCACCACUUCCCUCAACCAAUCAGUAUCCAAGUCCUCCAUGCAGAGUGUCGGGGGUCGCCGAGGGAAAAAACUCCCCCGUGGUCUGAACAGACGUAGCAGCAUACAGAGUUCUGUAUCGAUGUCCUCCAAACAGCACCUCCAGUCCCCGGGGUCUUCCCACGAUGGAGCCAUUAUUGACUAUGUGUCCGAAAAUCAGAAACCAGGAACUUUUGGCAAAAAGCCAAUUUCAUCUCAGUCUCAGAUAGUGAAGGAUCGAGCUGUGGAUCCAAGGAAGCUCCGAGAUGCCCUGACCCCCAUCAGAGAAACAACAUACGAGGAAGACACACAGCAGCUGGACACACAGAGGGGGGACAAAACGUCCACUGUGUCUGUUGCCCUGACAAAGGCUCACACAAAAAUACCAGACAGGAAAUCACGAGAGUCUCACCCAGCCUGCGGGGGCCCGGACUACGUGAAGUCCGUGUUCAAUAUUAAUGGACAGAGCCCUCUGGUGGCCCACUAUCUGAGGAUGAAGGGUCUGCAGUACGAUGCUGGGACAGACAUCAGAAUUCAGCGAACAGAAAUACAGAAUUUGCCUGCUUUGGAUGCUCCGACAUAUCGAGACAUCAUCCAGGAAUCAUUCAAGAAAGCCAGAGAUAUAGAAAAGCAGUAUGACAAUUUCAUUGACAAGAACCAUAAGGAACAAGUAGAUACAAUGAAGAGGAACAGAAUGGCUGACAAGAGACACAGAGAGUUAGAAAAGUUAUUGUUAUCCAAUCCCAAGGAGGUCAAAAGGUUAACAGAACUUAUAAUCCUGGAACAAGAGAGAGAAGAGGACUCCCUGUCUGCGGGGGCUGAUGCAGCGAUCGAGGCGUCCUUACAGGCUCUGCGAUGUGUUUAAAGGGAGACAACUACUAGAGGAGCAGUUUAUAGUGUAUCAUGUGACAACUUCAAACGGUGUUUUCAGAGCGAAUCAUUUCUCAAGCAGUUCUUUGGUGAUCAAUGUGUGUAGAAUAUAUAUGCAUUGUUUAGUAUUUUUACCAAUUCUUACUGUGAUGUUAAAACUGUGAUAAUUUCCCGAAUAUUUUUGAAGCAUUGUUAUUGUUUUUUCUACAGAACCCUUUGCUUUGUUGACUUGUAAUUCAAUAAAUCAUAUCAUGCGA